AUGAGUGGAGAAGAAAACAAGAAAGUAAAAUCAAAGACUGAUAGUGAACUCUUUCUGAAUAAUGCUAACAAAUGCAAUUGGAAGAUUUUGAAUAAUGAAUCAUGUGCAGGUGCAAAUGCAGCUUCCAGAGCUGACAUGAAAUUAGCUACAACUGAUCCUCUAUCUGAAAUAGUUUGGUCUCCGGAAAAUGGUUUAAGUCUUAAAUGUGCUGAUAAAAAUAGUUCUCUUUUUCGCGUUGUUGGACCAAGCUAUUGUAUGGUUCUUUCUCCGCCGCAAAGUGUUACUUAUUGCAACUCUAUCACUCAUGAACCUAUAGCUGUCGAGUGCGUCGAUAGAGGUAAUGCAGAUACAAUGAGUGAUUCAGAUGUCAAGCCAGAUUCUAAAGUCGAAGAAGAAAAUAAUAUCGGUAAAGGAAAAAAGGUAAUCGGAAUAGAUGACGAUGAUGAUUUACGUACCGUAGUUGAGCCUAUAUUUGAAUAUCGAGGCUCUGGUGAUCUGCGGACUAAUUUAGCGUCCUCCAGCCGAAAUCCCUUAGGAAAAUUGGAAUCUAGUGCCGAAAAUGAUUUAAAAAAUGUUGACGCUGAAGCUGCUUGUGCUGCAACAUGUGGAGUUAUUGUUAAGGAGAUUAAAAACGAAACUCAGGACAAUGAAAUGAUACUACUUUCCGAUAAGGUUCUUCCGGUUUCACAUUCUCCAUGUAACAGUGGAAUUCGCGUGGCGGAAAACAAAGGCAAGGAAAAGUUCUUACCAGACAGGGAUGUAAAUGUAAGAUUAUCAAUGGAUAGUGACAGCAAUUCGAGUGUUGAAAGCUGUAACAGUGCUAGGUUUUUUUCCACAGGUAAAAAGCGGCGUAACUUUCAACAUCAGCAGUUGAUAAUCAGAAGUAAAAGAGUGAAAAACAACGUUGAAGAAACUUCUGGUUCUAAAUCGUACGUUAAACAAGAAAGCUCAUUCAAUAAUUGGAUUUCAAGCAUGGUGAAAGGGCUCUCGCAGACAAUUCAAAAUGAUUCAGGCGCUUUAGCUCUUAGAAUUGCAAAUGCAGAUCGUCCUAAUGCAGAUCGUCGUAAUGCACGGUUUGAAGAGAAAUUUAUCACGUGCAGAAGGAAUCAAGAUCCUGAGCCAAAAAAUACAGGAUUCAGAUCCAUUUUUCAGUCCAUGUACUGUCCAACUUCGAAGUAUGUAGGAACACGAAUGUCUCAUCAAGAAGGAGAAAGUAACGAGGAUUUAGAGCCAAGUAACAUGGUUCAAGGAAUAAAUGCUACUCCAAUAACCUGUUUUCCAGAUAAUAAUAGCCUUGCCGAACGGCAUUUUCAAUCAAACAAGUUUGAAGCAUCUACAGGUAGAUAUGAUGCUGGUCCGUCGCAGCCUAACGUGGAACCAUUAAAUUAUUUUAACUGUAUGGAAAGUAGAAAAAAUAAGCAAGUAAGGAAUGAAAAUUGUUCAAACAUGGAUCUUAGGAAGGACAAGGAAGAAAUGGCAUCAAAAUCAUCUUCAGCCAGACAAAAUACAAAUAAUACGGAUAAUGUGGAUUCCAAUGCACCAUCCGAAAGAAAGGAGGCGGAGAAUAUCGAUCACAGAAGAGACAAUCCAGGGAGUCUGUGGAUAACUCGAUUUGCUCCGAAGUCAACUUCGCCCUUGUUCAACGACCUUUCACCAUCACCAGGAUUCGCAAACCCGGAGCAAAUACCUUUGAAGUUUGCAAGGAGACCAGUUAUUAUCGAACAUAUCAGGCCGACAAUCAAAGCAGAAUGUACCUCACAAGUAAAUAUGUUUUGCUUGUUUUGCGGAACAAGAGGUCACGAAAUUCGUGAUUGCUCAGCCGUUUUAGAAAGUGAGCUAGAAGAUCUUCAGAAGAAUGUAAAUUCAUAUGAAGGUCAGGAAAAUUUUCCUUUUAUGUGCAUCAAAUGUUUUCAGCUCAACCACUGGGCAAUUUCAUGUUCCAGUUCAAUCUCAACAAGGAAACAUGAAUCAGAAGUUAAAACCUUGGUCCAUGAUAGAAUCGAUAAAGAAACAGAUCAGAAUAUUAGUUUGAAGCGGAAAUCAAAUGAUUUUGUAACUGCCAAGAUGGAAUGCAAUGCAUCAUCAUGCAAGAAAAACUCCGGUUCUACUUCUUCAAAGGAAAACAAAUCCAAAGACAAGCCUAUUAUAACAUCUCCGUUAAGAUUGACAGAAAGAAAGAUUUCACAUGUGCCUGAGGGAAUCUUUGAUGCAGUGAAGAAGCUUCAGUUGUCCCGCUCCGAUAUCCUGAAAUGGAUAACUUCUCAUGGAUCGAUAUCUCAACUCGAUGGUUUUUUCUUGCGACUGCGGCUUGGGAAGUGGGAAGAAGGGCUUGGAGGAACUGGAUACCAUGUAGCUUAUAUAAUUGACACCGGGAGACAUAGUUUGGAGCAGCAUACCAGAAAAUCUGUGUCAGUGAAAGUAAAAGGAAUAGAGUGUAUGGUAGAAAGUCAUUAUAUAUCCAAUCAAGAUUUUCUUGAGGAAGAAAUCAUGGAAUGGUGGUCUAACACCUCUGAAGCAGGUGUUGAGAUUCCAUCUGAAGAAGAUUUGAUAUCAAAAUUUAAAAAGAAACAAUUGUUGGGCCUUUAG